AUGGCGACGUUCCAGCUUCUGAUGACGAAAGAAGGUGCCCCUUCUACAGUAACUGUCAUUGGUUCGGGUAUUUUCAUCUCUCCAAAGGGGGCGUUGCAAAAUUCAGGAUCAGUUGGAAUGAGUUUGAUAAUAUGGACAAUGUGUGGAAACCUCUUAAAAGUUCUCGCUCUAAUAAUUAUUACUGUAGGCGGAUUUGUCUACCUUUUUCAAGGCAAGACAGAGAAUUUCAACUACUCCUUUCGAGGUACUACAUACGACAUAACGUCGAUAUCCUUAGCAAUUUACAGUUGCAUGUGGGCAUAUGGUGGAUACACGAACCUGAAUGAAAUCGCUGAAGAGCUUAUUCAACCUAGGAAAAAUAUUUCUAAGGCAAUUUAUAUCACAACAAAUGUUUCGUACUUUAUUAUUUUGACCAAGUCGGAAUUUCUAACUGUACCUGAUGUUGCGUUUACGUGGGUUGAACGUGUCCUGGGUGCGGCAGCGAUUAUUAUCCCUAUAAGUGUGGUGUGUUCCGUACACGGUGCCUCCAACGGCGGCUUCUUCACUGACGUCCGAGUACGCUUUGCAGCUGCGCGCGCAGGUCAUUUACCGGAAGUUCUUUCUUUUCUGCAUCACAAAUCUCGAAUACCUUUGGCGUCUCUCUUCCUAAAUACAGUUAUGUCCAUUAUCAUGUUGAUUCCAGGCGAUACUGGGGAGCUGAUAAACUUAGUCGGUUUUGUUGGUUUUUAAACUCAAGGCCUGGCUGUGAUUGCUUUUCUGCGAAUACGAUACCUGCGUAGGAAUGAGAAAAGGAACAAAGACCACUUCAGAAUUCCACUGGUUAUUCCGUUUCUUGUUCUUGCAAUAUGCGCAUUUAUGUUGAUAUCGCCUUUCAUCUCUAACCCAAAAAUUGAAUUUCUAUACGGUGCCGGUUUUAUUCUUUCCGGACUACUGCUGUAUAUUCCGUUUGUAUACUUUGACUGGCGUGUUCCCGGAUGCGAUCAGACUACUACUGUGUUACAACUGUUAAUGGAUAUUUGUCCUACAGUUCUUGACCAAGACAUAGAUCCAUUGAUGAAUGAAAACUUAUAGAUUCUGAAGCAAACUUUCAAUGUUAUUUUGUUGUUUUUUUCUCUUUGUUAUUUUUUAUUGGGAGUGGGGAGGGUGUUUGACGUCACACCGACACAGUCAUAGGCCAUAGAUCAUAUGGUGACGUUCCAGCCUUUCAUGGUGGAGGAAGACUCUAGGUGCCCCUCCUAUGGGCAUUAUUUCGUCACGCGGGGCAUGUGGUAGAACCACCG